GUACUACUAUGCUUUGGCAAAUCUCCGUUUGAUAGCCUUUGGCAACCCCCCCUCCCACUGCAUUGCAUAGGGGAAAGCACCGCACCCUUUCAUCUUCCCUUCCUACUGGCACCGACGUGGAGGAAUCUGCAACAGUACCCGGUGGAUAGGCAAACGCUCAAAUACCGGCCAUCGCCCGCGCCCCCACUAGCCCACUCCGCACUUUCUGCUCAAACAAUCCAUCGCAGAGGAUCCUUGGCACGAUGAGCUUGACAAAGAUGUAUCGCGAGGGCAAGCUGCUUCCCAACCACAUUGCGGAGUAUGCAGCAACUGGCAGCGUGGACGACAAGAAGCUGCAGAAGGCCGAGUACGGAUGUGUGCAAGCCGAGGAGGACAGAAGAGCAGGUCUGGUGCCACGAUGAUUGACCCCUCUCCGAUACCAGUUGACUCACCGGGAGGGUUCAUCUUUUCCUUUCCCUUUACACCCAUGUAUGCCUAUGCCACGCUCAAGGGCAAGUUUGCUGUCUUAGACGACGUUCUUCCCAAGCUACCCGAGCAAGUCUUUGACGGUCCCACGUUGCACGCAGGCUGUGACGGCGGCAUGGUGCUAAUCAAGACGGCCCAGAUCAAAAGAAACGGAAGCAAAAGUGCAAGGCGGUGGCGCCUGCCUAUGGCAUUGACAUCUUCUCCGCCCUCGACCAGACGGGCAACCACCCGUUUGCCACGUCCCGCAACGUGUUUACAGAGGGACUCACAGACUCUGUCGUCCUCAAUACCGCCAGCUUCCUCGACCUGCCCUUUGCCGACAACGUCUUCACGCUCGUCACGAGCUCCCUGGGAUGUGAGUGUGCGGUCAGAGGGCGAGGACGUCUGCUCUCUUGUCGCCCCUACGGCACGCUAAUGAUAAUCGCCCCUUGCCUUGCAGUGCACAACCCACCCACAGAAGACCGACGUCUCGCCAUCGUGGAGCUGGGACGGGUGCUGCAGCCGGGAGGCUACCUGGUUGUCCUCGACCUUGCCGGAUCGAAGAUGACGCGGAUGUACGCCAAGACACUCA